AUGGCAGAUUCUUAUUUCUCUGUGUCUGAUGAAUACGGUCUUGCUGAACCAGUGCAGCACUAUGAUGUUUUGCCAGAACAAGUCAAUUAUCAGCUGCAUGAACCUGAUGUUCAAGAAUCACCUUACUGCCAGUACUCUACUGCCCAGUUUCCUCCAGCUUUACAAACCCAGUUUUUACAAGGUCAUUGUAACUUGGAUCCAUAUUACAGUGGUGGACAGUGUGGACUUUCUUCCUGUGAAUUAAAUAAACCCAGUUAUGUGGUUGCCCACUGUGCUGAAGAUGGAUAUCCUGCAAUAAAAAGAUUCAGACCAAUUUAUUCUUCAGUGCGAAUUAAGGGACAGGAAGAACUCUGUGUAGUUUGUGGUGAUAAAGCAUCAGGAUAUCAUUAUAAUGCACUUACUUGUGAGGGCUGCAAAGGAUUUUUUCGACGUAGUAUCACCAAAAAUGCAGUAUAUAGUUGCAAGAAUGGUGGUCACUGUGAAAUGGACAUGUACAUGCGUAGAAAAUGUCAAGAGUGCAGACUGAAAAAAUGUAAAGCUGUAGGAAUGUUGGCAGAAUGUUUGCUCACAGAAACCCAAUGUAAAUCAAAGAGACUUCGAAAGAAUUUUAAACAGAAUAGUUACUACUCUAACAUCCAAGUGGAAGAAGGAGUUGACAACAAGCAUGUGUCAUCCACAACUAGAUCUGGAAAAGUGAUUCAGGAGAGCAUAGAGCUAACACAAGAGGAACAUCAGCUCAUUAAUAAUAUUGUGGCUGCUCAUCAAAAAUAUACAAUUCCUUUAGAGGAAGCAAAGAAAUUUUUUCAGGAAUAUACAAAUCCACAGCUGAGCUUUGCACGACUCUCAGAGACAGCAGUGCUACGGAUACAGGGCUUAAUGGACUUCACUAAAGGACUACCAGGAUUUGAAAGUUUGACCACUGAGGAUCAGACUGCAUUACAAAAAGGAUCAAAAACUGAAGUGAUGUUCCUUCAUGCAGCCCAACUUUACAAUCAGAAAGAAUGUCGUUCAUCAUUCUCGGAAAGUGCUAUGAUAUCAAAUCAUGCUGUUCAUGCACUGAAUUGUCAUAGUCAGAGUGAUGCUAGACAUGUUCUUUCAUCCAUGGAAACAUUUUAUAUUGAAGACAGUCCUUCUACAACUUUAACUGGUAUUACUGAAGAAUUUAUUACUGCACUGUUUUACUUCUAUAGAAGAAUGAAUGAACUUAAUAUUACUAAUACUGAAUAUGCUCUGCUUGCAGCAACAACUGUGUAUUUUUCAGAACCUGAAGGAACGUCAACACUUAAGGAAAAUAGAAUCCAGGGAAGAACGGUUACCAGGGUCAUAAGAAAUAUCGCGAGAAAAGGGUCUUCAAAAGUCUCGCGGUUGACCGUUAGAUAA